CCCGCCCCGCAGCGGCUCCCGCUGGCCAAAUAGGGAAGCGGAGAGCGGCCGGGGAGCGCAGCGUUUCGCCUGUUCCCGGCUCUUUGCGCCGAGUCGCAUUCCGAGGGCCCACCCCGGAUCUCGGCCAUAUUUUGGGGGGAGGCGGGCGGCGAUGGCAGCGGUGAGGGCGCUUGGGGGCUUCUGACUUCCUCGGCCUACUCGCCGUCCCGACCAUGAUGAAUCCCAGCGAAGGCGCGGCGCCCGCGGAGAAGUUUAAGUUGGUGGUGGUCGGGGGAGGCGGCGUGGGGAAAAGUGCCCUGACUAUACAGUUCAUCCAGUCGUACUUUGUCUCUGACUACGACCCCACAAUUGAGGAUUCAUACACAAAAAUCUGCAGCAUCGAUGGCACCCAGACUCGGCUGGAUAUUCUGGAUACUGCAGGACAGGAAGAAUUUGGGGCCAUGCGAGAACAAUAUAUGCGCACAGGGGAAGGCUUUCUUCUCAUCUAUGCCAUCAAUGAUCGUGGCAGUUUCAAUGAGAUCAGCAAGUUCCAUACGCAGAUACUUCGGGUGAAAGAUCGGGAUGAAUUUCCCAUGAUCCUUGUGGGCAAUAAGGCAGACCUGGAUCCCUAUCGGCAGGUGCCCAAAGAGGAGGCCGUCAGCUUUGCCCGGGAGAAUCGAAUCCCAUACAUGGAAGCCUCUGCCAAAAUCCGCCUCAACGUGGAUGAAUCAUUCUACGAGCUGGUUCGGGCCAUCAGGAGGUUUCAUGAACUUGAGUCUCCCCCCGCCCCAGCUGUCAGCCCGAAGAAGAAAGAAACCAAAGGCUGUCCUUGUUCUAUUCUGUAGACCACCGUCCCACUCCAAGCCACACAUUCUGGAAGGGAAUGAACAGCUGUCCUGGUUAUCUCGAACCAGCAUUUUUCCCUUGCUCAACCAGCCUGCCCACCCCCCACUGCAACAAGGGCUGUCCGUGUGUGUUCCGCGGUUGUUUCUAAAAUACUUUGUUUCUCUAGUAUUGCAGAGAACUCUGCAAGCCAGAAUGGGGCAGGGGACAGAUCUUUGUCUUAACUCCCCUUCAAUGACCCUGUAAACUACCAAGGAAAGAGGUUGUGUGUGCUUAAAGGAAGGUGCAGGAAGGGGGAAUGCAAACCAGCAUAUCCUACCUCGUCACCUUCAGCUGCUAAAUACUGCCCCAAUUCUUUGGAAGAAGUCUCCCCUCCCUGCUGAGGGAUAGAAAGCAGGAUCAUUUUCAGAAAUGUGGGCUGCUGGGUGUAAAUUCGGCAGAGAUGAGCAAGUAUAGGACAGUUGGUUAUCCUGUGUGUCAGGGAGUGGGCAACUGUAGCAAGAAGUCAAACAGCAAGAUUCAGUGAUCUUGUGCGUACAGCUACACACACAUAUUGAAAAAUGCUUUGUAUGACUGGGAGCGGGGAAGAGGUGUAAUCAAACGCAUUUGUCAACAAGAUAUAUGCCCAACUGUUUUCCGCUAUUCAGAGAGGGAAACAGUAGCUGGUACAAAGUUACAACUCCUUCCCACAGCUGGUGUUACCUCCUUUUUUGGGAAAAAGGGAGGAGCUGGAAUUACACACCCUUUUUGUGGAGAGUGUGGAGCAUGCCCACCUCCUGCAAACUAAUUAAGUGUGGUUGCAUCAUAGCAGAUAAAUGGACUGAAAAACAAGCCCCUUGUUUCUCUUGGAGAUGUAAGAAGAAAAUAGUUAAAAUCAAAGGAUUGCCUUCCUUCCCCCACCACCCCUAAAUCAGGGACAGAUGGAGUUAAAAACAGCCCCUACUCUCAGCUGCUGAGAACCAGCCCUGACCUGAUGCAGUGAACUUUUUAACAUAGUUUUUAAUUAUUAGAAACAAAACUGCAAUGCCAGUUACAGUAGACUGAAGAUGCAAGUUGUUCGGCCCUUCCCAAGAAUGGAAAGAUUUGCCUUGAAUCUUUAAACACACUUCCAGUUUUUUGUUUACCUUCUGCAACAUAUUUUGCUAUCAUUGCUACGCAGGCUGUUUACAGUCUAUCAGUUUUCUUAGACACCCCUCCAUGGCAAGUGAAUUUUUUCAUGGCAAUGGCCCUCUCAACUCCAAUUAUGUUUCAAUACCGAGUCUUACCAGCAAUUUUAUUGAGUAAACCUUAUUGAAGCUCUUAACAAUUGAAUCCCAAAACCUCCUUAAGGCUCAACCAGCUAUGAAGUCCCAACCAACCCAAGAAAAUACCGUUCUUCUACUCACUUCUUACCUCACCAUGAAGCAAAAUGAUGUAUUUAAUCCUGGUCAAAUGCAAACUAUAUUUUUCAGCAGCUGAGAGAAGUGUGUAUGAAUCAGAUUUCUGUCCAUCCCCCCCACCCCCUGCAUGCUGUAUAAACUUGCAGAGCAUUCCAGCUUGUACAUGCCAAAGAGUUAUCACUUAUCCAAAAAAAAGACUUGUGGUACUUUAAAGAUUUAACCAAUUUAGCUUUCAUGGACAUUACCCACUUGAUCAGUGGCAUAAAGUUCUUCGCAAUCAGCCGAUAUGUUAUAUGAAUAUAAAUAUAUAUUAUAUAUAUAUAUAUAUAUAUAUAUAAAACCACGUGCACACACACACACACACACACACACACACACAGAGGUACAAAGAACUUUUUAUAAAUAAUGCAGCCAAAAGGCCAUGAAAUGCAAGGGUAGUCAUAGGUCUGUGAAUUUGUCACAUAGCCAAAAACUAUUUUAACAGAAUAAAAGGGGAGGAUUCCCAGAGAAUGUGUUCACUUUGUGAUCAUUGGGGUAGGAAUCCUUAGUGGGGCAGGGGGUUGAUGCUUGCUGGAUUUGAUAGUGUUACAAGGGCGGGUGGGAGAUCGACUGCAGAUGUGUUCCUAUGUGACAAGAGGGUAUCUACAACAUGAAUUCAAAUACGGCAACUCAGUAAUAGGAUUACCUGGAACAUUCCCUGAAUCUCAACUGGUUGCCAGACUAGAGAGAGUAGUUCUCCUACAGGAAAUGACAGCUAUAGAGGAUAGACUGUAUAGAAUCACAUACCUGCUUAUCUCCCUCCCCUCCCCUGGCUCCACCCCCAAAUCUUCAGGAAUUUCCCAAGCUGGAUUUGGCAACCCUUCUUAGUAGUGACUCAGCAAAUUAUAUAUUGGCCCGUAUAGCUGCUCAAGAUAGGUUCAUAGAGCACCUAACAUCAGCUCAAAUACGACCCCUAACACUAAUUUAGCACUGCACUGAUCACACUAGUUCACAAAUCAGGAUAGAGCCCUUGCUUCAAAACAUACUCCAUUUCAUUUUUUUAACGUGCUUUUUUAAUGGCCCUGGCACAAUAUUCGCCUUUGUACUGAACCGACCAGGGAGAGGGGGCUGGAUGUGUGCUGCUGUUUACCUUUGCAUUUUUCCCAAAGUUAAAUAAGCACUUCAUCUAGGGCAGGGGCCUCCCAACAGGUAGCUUGGAAGCUACAUGUAGCUCAACAGCUGUUGCAGAGUAGCUCAGAUGUCCCCUAGAAGGCCCAGAAAAAGAUCUGUUCUAUGCUGUUUUCAAGAAAAGCUUUUUAUUUCUUGGGAUUUUUCUCUGCAGAUUAUCUAGAAACUUCAUUUCUGGUCGUCUUAGUCCAUGUUUUGUUUCUAGGACAUAACAAAUCUUGAUAAUGUUGGGAUAUUUUUCAUUAUUUAAAAGUAGUCCUUAUUUUUAAAAAGUUGGCAACCCCUGAUCUAGAGGAUGCAUCACAUUUUGCCAGGUACAGAUGACACUUUUGAGCACUUGGCAAAAUGUUCCAUUCAUCUAACAAGUGCACACUGAAAGAAAGCACAAGGACCAUUGUAACAAAUGAAAAAGAAAUGCAUGUUUACCAUGCAGCAGAAAGAUGUUAUGAAGAAGCUCUUGAAAGAGCUAAACUUGGGGAAGAUCUAGAGUGAACAUAUUUUUUAUUCAAACUACUUAGAAAAAUCCGCUGCUUACUUCUGAACCUACAAGCACAGAUGCUCCAUCACUAUGUCUUGAUCUGAGCUGCUGUAGCAUAGUUGUUAAGUGGUUGGGUUACAAGUCAGCACUCUGCUGAUUCAACUCCCAUGAGCUCAAGCAGCUGGCUUUGGGUAAGCCACUCCUCUCAGCCCCAGCUCCUCAGUUUUUGUGGAGAUAAUAAAAAGACUUUGUUCACCA